AUGGAGGGACAAAAUGAUUUGAUCUCAAUGUCAGUUCUACCAAAUGAUCUUUUACGAGUUAUCUUUUCUCAACUCGGUCGUUCGGAUAAAGUUUCGGUAGCAAUGGUUUGCAAACGAUGGCUGGCUUUAUCUGAUUUUCCUGAGGCCUCUGGUCUUUCGAUCUCGGUUGGACACUGUCUGUGUAACGUAGGAAUUGAUGAACAUGGUGAUGCCUGGCUUCAGGUGUGUUUAUGCAAAGAUCAUGGCAGUAUGGCAAGCCUUUCUUGGUUUCUUCCUUAUUUUGCUCGAAGCACCGAAACGUUCAGUCUGGAAGAUGAUUUGGUUUCGGGAGAAAGGAUCUCAAACGAUGACAUUUUUGUUUUGCUUGCCGGCUGUGCCCAUGCUCAAUUGAAAAAGGCGAAUUUCAUUAAAGUGGACUUUGGUGAUGUGAAACCGUGGACAUUAGCUUUGUUGGCAAAUUGCUCGAAUUUGAAUGAGAUCAUUUAUGAGGAUUGUCUCUUUCCGAACGGGAUCGAGGUUGAGAGAUUUCUAAUCCGAAUUAUGACCACUUCAUUUGAAUGCCUUUCUACGAUUAAGAUCACCAAUUGCAAUAUGGUGACUGACGGAUUGGCGCGAUCUGUGGCGAGACGUUGUCCAUUGUUGGAGGAUUUUACCGUUAGUGGAUGCAAAUCGGUGACCUCACACUCAGCUCUGUCACUCCUUGAGAGUUCACGCUUGCGAAAGCCGACAAUGCUCACCACGCAUAUGGAAAACACAUCAUUUGAUGUGAAUCAAUUAUACCGUCAAAUCCAAUCACCGUAUUUUUGUGAGCCGGGUACAUGGAAAUUGAUGCCGAUGGCGAUACGAAUUGGAUACGAAAAAGCGGCGGUGAUGGCUCAAAGCACGAAUCAGACGUGUGUUCUAAUUUAUGUU